UGUGCUGCGGCGCUGGGGCCCGGGACGGCCCCGCCACCCCACCCCCGGGAGCCGAGAGCGGCCCGGGGAGAGUCCGAGGCCCCGGCGAGCCCCAGAGCCUGCGGCCCCCUCCCCACAGCGCCCCCUCCAGGCCCUUUGCCCGCGCCCGACAGCGCCCCCGUGGGGGUGGCUCGGCUCCCUCGCGCGCGCGCCCCGGGGUGCUUCCCCUUCCCCUCUCCCUGGCCAUGGCCCCAGCGGCUUAGACGCCUCCUCCUCCGCCGCCGCCGCUCGGAGCAAGCCGGGGCCCGGAUGGACGGGGCCGGGGGGCCCGGUGAGGGCCCAGCUCAGGAGGCCCUGCAGUCCUUGAGCCGGCGGCUUCAGGUGCAGGAGAAGGAGAUGGAGCUGGUGAAGGCAGCCUUGGCAGAAGCUCUUCGCCUGCUGCGGCUGCAGGCACCCCCCACCUCCCUGCAGGACCCUGGCACCCUGGGCCCUCCAAGGGACAGCAGCCCCGCAGCCCCCCCAGGACUGCCACCCACAUGCAGCCCCUCCUUGGUGAGCCGAGGCACCCAGACGGAAGCAGAGAUGGAGGUGGAAGCAUCCCCUGGCCCCCCCGGGCUGAGCAACGGGCCCCCAGCCCCUCCGGGGGGCAGUGAAGAACCUAGCGGGACCCAGUCUGAAGGAGGGGGCAGCAGCAGCAGCGGCACAGGCUCCCCCGGCCCCCCAGGGAUCCUCAGGCUGGCUCAGCCCCCCCAGCGCAUUGACGCGCCACGGAGAAAUUCUUCCUCCUCGUCGCCCUCAGAACGGCCUCGCCAGAAACUCUCCCGGAAGGCAGCUUCCUCGGCCAACCUGUUGUUGCGGUCAGGGAGCACAGAGAGGAAGAAAGGAACAAGCCAAGCGCUCCUGGGGUGCCUGCUGUGUACCCAGCACUGUGCCAACCCCUCGACCUCCUCCAUCUCAUUCAGUCCCCACGACAUCCUUGGGGGCCGUGGGGGAAAAGACUCCCUCUCCAGCCCUGGCGGUCCUGGCUCUCGGAGGAGCAAUUACAAUUUAGAAGGCAUCUCAGUGAAGAUGUUCCUCCGAGGCCGCCCCAUUACCAUGUACAUCCCGUCUGGCAUCCGCAGCGUGGAGGAGCUGCCCAGCGGCCCACCCCCGGAGACCCUCAGCCUUGACUGGGUGUAUGGGUACCGGGGUCGUGACUCCCGCUCUAAUCUGUUUGUGCUGCGCUCUGGAGAGGUGGUCUACUUUAUCGCCUGUGUGGUGGUGCUGUACCGACCCGGGGGGGGCCCCGGGGGCCCUGGAGGUGGUGGUCAGAGACAUUACCGGGGGCACACAGAUUGUGUUCGAUGCCUGGCUGUUCACCCUGAUGGUGUGCGUGUAGCCUCAGGACAGACAGCCGGUGUGGAUAAAGAUGGAAAGCCCCUGCAGCCUGUGGUUCACGUCUGGGACUCCGAGACGCUGCUGAAGCUGCAGGAGAUUGGACUGGGGGCCUUCGAGCGGGGUGUGGGGGCCCUGGCCUUUUCAGUUGCGGAUCAGGGCGCUUUCCUCUGUGUGGUGGAUGAUUCCAAUGAGCACAUGCUGUCGGUGUGGGACUGCAGCCGGGGCACGAAGCUGGCUGAGAUCAAGAGUACAAACGACUCAGUCCUCGCCGUUGGCUUCAACCCUCGUGACAGCAGCAGCAUCGUCACCAGUGGGAAAUCCCACGUCCACUUCUGGAACUGGAAUGGUGGAACAGGGAUUCCUGGGAACGGGAUGCUCACCAGGAAACAGGGUGUCUUUGGGAAAUACAAGAAGCCCAAGUUUAUCUCCUGCUUUGUGUUCCUCCCCGAUGGAGACAUUCUCACUGGGGACUCAGAGGGGAACAUCCUCACCUGGGGCCGGAGCCUCUCCGAUUCCAGGACCCCAGGCAGGGGUGGGGCCAAAGAGACCUAUGGGAUUGUGGCCCAGGCCCACGCUCAUGAAGGUUCCAUCUUCGCCCUGUGUCUCCGGCGGGACGGGACUGUGCUGAGUGGUGGUGGGCGGGACCGCCGGCUGGUCCAGUGGGGGCCCGGGUUGGUGGCCCUUCAGGAGGCGGAGAUUCCUGAACACUUUGGGGCCGUGCGGGCCAUUGCAGAGGGGCCUGGCUCUGAGCUGCUGGUGGGCACCACGAAGAAUGCGUUGCUGCGGGGAGAUCUGGCCCAGGGCUUCUCCCCUGUAAUCCAGGGUCACACGGAUGAGCUCUGGGGGCUCUGCACACAUCCCUUCCAGAACCGUUUCCUCACCUGUGGCCAUGACCGCCAGCUCUGCCUCUGGGACGGGGAGGGCCAUGCCCUUGCCUGGAGCAUCGACCUCAAGGAGACUGGUCUCUGUGCUGACUUCCACCCCAGUGGGGCAGUUGUGGCCGUAGGACUGAACACAGGGAGGUGGCUGGUUUUGGAUACAGAGACCAGAGAGAUUGUGUCUGACAUCACCGAUGGCAAUGAGCAGCUAUCAGUGGUCCGGUACAGCCCAGAUGGGUUGUACCUGGCCAUCGGUUCCCAUGACAACAUGAUCUACAUCUAUAGCGUUUCCAGUGACGGUGCCAAGUCCAGCCGUUUUGGCCGCUGUGUGGGUCACUCCAGCUUCAUCACUCACCUUGACUGGUCCAAGGAUGGGAACUUCAUCAUGUCCAAUUCUGGGGACUAUGAGAUCCUUUACUGGGAUGUGGCUGGAGGCUGUAAGCUGCUGAGGAAUCGCUAUGAGAGCCGAGACCGGGAGUGGGCCACCUACACCUGCGUGCUGGGCUUCCAUGUCUAUGGCGUGUGGCCAGAUGGCUCGGAUGGAACUGACAUCAACUCCCUGUGCCGCUCCCACAAUGAGCGCGUCGUGGCCGUUGCCGACGACUUCUGCAAAGUGCACCUCUUCCAGUACCCGUGCGCGCACGCCAAGGCGCCGAGCCUCGUUUACGGUGGUCACGGCAGCCACGUGACCAGCGUCCGGUUCACGCACGACGACUCGCACCUCAUCUCGCUGGGCGGCAAGGACGCCAGCAUCUUCCAGUGGCGAGUGUUGGGCGCUGGGGGCACGGGGCCGGUGCCCACCACGCCCUCUCGAACCCCCUCCCUGUCCCCUGCCUCCUCUCUUGACGUCUGACCCCUGCCGGACGGGACCCACCGGCCCUGCAGUGUGGCCCUGCCCCACCCACCCAAAUUCCCCAGGACCGAGGUGACCCUGUCCUCGACUUCGAGACAUUCCCAAAAGUGCAUUUCCUUGGAGGGGGGCGAACGGCACCCCUGCACACACUGUAUAGACCCGCUGGCUGAGCCGGGCAGCCCCAGCCUGGGCCCUGACUCCCGCUGCCUGCUGAGGGGCAAUAAACCAAAAGCAAAGUCGC